CCCAGCAACUCCACACAGCAUCUUGGUUUUUGAGUUUCUCAUAUCAAAUAAGAGAAAGACAAUUAAGAGAAAACAUGGGUUUGAGAAACUCCUAUGUUCUGUGCUUAGCACUCAUGUUGUCUUUCUCUUCAAUUAAUUGUAUUGACAUAACAAAAAUUUUGGGACAAAACCCAGAAUUCUCAACUUUCAACAAAUACCUAACCGAAACCAAGUUGGCUGAACAAAUCAACACUGCUAAAGCCGUUACAAUUCUCGCCCUGGAUAACACCGAUAUCGCUUGUCUCUCUGGUAAAUCACCCGACGCCGUUAAAACCGUUAUUGGAACCCAUAUUGUAACUGAUUUCUACGAUGAGAAAAAACUCUUUGAAGCCAUAGGUAGCCACGCCGAAUUAGCUACGCUUUCACCGGCUUCCGGCUUAGCCGCGAAGAUCUACGUAGCACUUAUUAAUGAAGGUGAGGUGGCAUUUGGUUCCGCUAUUGCUGGUUCAACUUUUGAUACCAAGCUUGUUAGAACCGUAACAACUGAAGCUGGAGUCAUUUCGGUUCUUCAGGUUACUCAACCUAUUGUUAAGAUUGUUGAUUCAGCUCCGGUGAAGACAACACCAGAGCUACCUUCUGUUACUGAUGGAAAGGUUGUUUCACCCACCACAAAUGUGGUGGGUGAGUCACCUAAGAGUGUUGUUGCUGUUGCACCUGCUCCUAGUGCUUCUUCCCGUACCACGUUUGGGUUCAUUGGUGUUGUUAUGGCCUUUGCUUCUAUUUUUGUCUCAUUGUAAGUGUGAUAAUAUUCAUGUAUUUCUAGAGAGGGGUGGUUUAAGAUUAAUUAAAAGGGAUAAUUAACUUUAAUGAGUUAAUUUUUGUUGUAACACGAGGAAAAAAAAACAAUGUAACAAUGUUGAUUUGUGUUUGUGGAAUUCAUUUCUUCA